UAGUCUGACUCCACACACUGUUCGUGACUGUGGCCCAGGGCGCUGUGACUCGCUCACGUCCCUCCACCACAUGAUACUUAAGCAACCUCGUCCACAGUGACCACGGGCACUCCACAUCAUACUGACUUUAUGCUUAUGCAGGAGCUGGUCAUGACACUGAAGCCUUGAUAUCAGGCACAUAAAAAAUAUUUACCUACAAUAUCAGUUUACAUAAAAUACUUUGUCAGGAGUGAUUAUGGAAACUCGGUAACAAAGAGUCACCAGUAGUACGUGGAAGAGGAACUUGACAUUAUACAAGACACGAAGCUUCAUUACUGAAUAUUAAGUAAAACAUUAAAGGUGAAAUUUGACGUUUACCCUCGAGUACCAAGUAGGACAUGAAGUAAAACUUGAGAAUUAGUAUAAAAAAGGUAUCUCCCUUCUACCAUGAACUAGGACUUGCAGGUAAAACUUGUGGUUAUCAUUAAAACUUAACACACGAGUGCCAAGUAGGACGAGAAGAAAAGAUUUGACAAUUCGUUUAUCAUAAAAAAGACUCGCCCCUCAAGUACACAAUAGGACUUGAGAGUGAAACUUGUGAUAACAUUAGGAACAUUACCCUCCAAGAUGAAGUUCCUGGUGACACAACUGGGAGGGAGGAGCGCGAGAGAUGCGUCAUGGAUGUCGGGAUAUGUUUUCCUGCCGCCCACCCGCUUACAGCUGUGGAGGUGGGUGAUGACGCUGAUGGUGGUAGUGGGUGGUGGUUCUUCACCAGCAGGAGGAGCGAGCCCGGAUGUCGGUGACCUGCAGGAUACCGUAAGGAGCCACACCCAGACGCUGCUGAACAUGAGCAGGUACCUGAGGCAGACCGACAAGUUCUGGAAGUGGUACCAACUAAAUCACAGGCGGCUGGACGAACUGUUAGCCGAGGGCCUCCACACUAGGUCCCUCCAAGCUGAUGAGACUCAACUCCAGGAACUUCACAAGAGGCUCGACGACAUGCAGCAAAGGUACGACAGUAAGUUGGUCGAACAGGAUACCGAGAUGAGGAACAUGAGGGGGGAGCUGAACGAACAGAAGAACAUCAACACCCGUCUGAAGUGGAUGAACUCCCGUCUUCAGCGAGACAUCCGGGAUAUGAACAACAGCCUCAGCACCCAGGAGAUCGUCACAGACAGGCUCGUGACUGCUGUGUCGCAGAGCGCAACAGAGGUGGAAGCGGUGAAGAACCAGGUGGGUCAGGCAGAUAAGGUUGUCAAAUUCGCUAAGAACCUGGCUAGAGAAGCCAACAGGAGCAUUGAAGACCUGCAUGGUGAGGUCAAGCAGCUCCGAGACAACCAGGUGGCGACACUAGUGACACAGGUGAACCACGUCUACCAAAUAGCUUAAGGCAACAGCAGCUGAGACCAGACUGGAAUACCGAAGUAGAGGCGCUGAGAAACUCCACACGCCAGCUCAACCAAGACUCUGACCGGCUCAAACAACAGUUAGUGCAGACCAAGCAGGAGGUGGCCACGGUGCAGGAGAUACUCUUGGAGAAGGAGAAGGACCUGGAAGGCCUCUACGGAAACAUAGGGGAGGUGGAGGAAAACCAGCAGACUCUGACCAACAACAUCCGUGAGUUGGCGUUAACCGUCAUCUUCCCCCUAGAGGAAACCGUCCAGAUCAUCAACCAGACUAUCGAGGAUCUGAGAGAGGAGCUGGAUCAGAGGGUCGGGAACCUGGAAAGAGAUGUGGAGAACUUGAAGACAAGAAUACCCACCAACAACAAGAACGGUCAGAGUGUAAUGAGUCAGCUAACAAACUUACACUCGGACGUUGGCAGACUCGACGGCAGCAUCAGCAACUUGGAAGGUAAAAUAUACGGCUUUGCUGCUCGCCUGGACAUUGUAGAAAACAACCAGAAUGACAACCGGGCACCAUAUGACCUGAAGAGACGUCUCACAUCCCAAGAGAAUGCCUCCUUUUACAUGGACCUUAAAAUAGAGGAUGAAAAGAAAAAACUUCAGCAACUGGAGACUGAAAUCGAGCAGAGAAUCACAAAUCUAGAGAAGAAUAUCAACCAGCAGGUCACGGAACUGAAGAAUUUGAGGAGCAUGGCCAGGGAGCAGGGAGAUGACGUCUUACGCACGGUCAUGAAGGGGAACAACGAUUUCAACCCAGCGCUAAUGUUCAACACUGGAAACCUGCCAGGACUUCCCGCCAGCCAGGGUGAUUCAAGACCUGUGGGUCCACCUGGAGGGCAGGGUGCCCCUGGACACCAAGGGUUACGAGGACACCAAGGACAACCAGGAGGUCAAGGAGCACCAGGAGGACAAGGAGCACCCGGAGGCCAAGGAGCACCAGGAGGUCAAGGAGCACCCGGAGGCCGAGGAGCACCAGGAGGCCGUGGAGCACCCGGAGGCCGAGGAGCAUCAGGAGGCCGCGGAACACCGGGAGGCCGAGGAGCACCAGGAGGCCGAGGAGCACCAGGAGGCCGCGGAGGACCAGGGGGCCGAGGAACACCAGGAGGCCGAGGAGCACCAGGUGGCCAUGGAACACCAGGAGGCCGAGGAGCACCAGGAGGCCAAGGAGCACCCGGUUACUCUGGUUGACCCGGAUUACCAGGUCCAGUCGGAUAAUUUCAACAGGUAGUGGAGACAGGGGCUGCGAGACUCCUCUGGGGAACGACAGAUGUUAAUGAUGACCUCAAUGCCUGCCUGGUGUGACCCAUAGUAUCACUGUACAAUCGCCGUUACCCUUCUGACAUUCUCAAAACUACCUUUUGCCCCCCCCAACAACACCUGCUAGUAUCCUCAGCACUUGCAAGACUGCCACCACCUAUAACACUCGCUACAAUCACCAGGUGUCAGAACACUAUAACCGUUCUUGCAAAUUAUGAGAAUACAUAAUGCAAUACUUGAAAAAAAUGUAUGAGUAGUUUUAUUCAGAAGCAGUAAAGUAUAAGUACAGUAAUUCUUAGAACGUAAAAUAAUAGGAGAAACAUGGCAUGCCAGAUGAUAAUUCAAUGCCCAAAUGUAUUUUAUUGGAGAACUUGAAAAAAGGUGAUGCCCUAGGCCUAAAUAUAGACAUGUAUGUAAACCUUCUCUCCUGAAUCAACAUAAGACAUGCACUCAACAUGUACAGCUCGUCCGUCCAUCACCAAGCAACAGUCACCAACAAAAAUGCGAUUCCAAGUGUGAAAAUUAAAAGCCUGUGUCUGUGUUGGCAGGAUGAGAUAGAAAAUCACGAAUUAUGUGUAAUAUUUCCGACUCGGGAAGUAAUUCUCAGUCGACACGAAGGUAACAAACAUGUGUGAUCAAUUAUAAAGAAUAGACAGAUGUUUUAUUUUCCAUAUAAUUUCAAUAAUUACUUAGUUCAUAACACUAUAUUUCUGUCCCCCUUGGCUCAUAUAAGCCUAUAAAUCUGCUUCGCUACUUCCCAACAUGGUUCUGUAAUUGUAUAUAAAGAUAAUAGUUUAAGCCUCAUAUAUGUGGUGAGGAAUUAUCACUUAUUUACUUCAGAGACCAGACGAGUCGUGAGAAUCUACAACAGUUUUCCUCUUCUGUUUGGUAUGGGGAAUCAACAUUAAAAACUGUUAGCACCAUCAAAUUAUCAAAUAGCGAGGAAAUAGGUUAUCAUAAAUUUUGAGAUUACUUAAAAAAAACAUUCAAUUGUGAACUACAGUAGCUAAAAAAAUGUACCUGCAUAGUCUGUAUGAAACAAUAUUAGACCACAGACGAAAGGUUUUGGGAUAUGCGUGUUGUCUCCUUACACUACAGUAUAUGAUAGUAAUCACUAAACAGUUAAUUUAUUCCUAUAUGCCAACUCGCCCCCUGUGUUGGAUACUGAAUGACCGUUGGUGAAGAUACACAUACCAACGCUCCCUAGACAUCAUGAGUAGUAUGUAUAAUUUUGGAAGUCACGUGGACCCACCCUGUCAGAUACUUCUUUUAGCUACUGUACAUUUACUGUUUUCCAAUGAACAUGUGUCUUUAUUUUUCUUACCAGCCUAACAGCUGGCUAGAAAGGUAUUGUUUUCUUUCUAGGCAUCAUUUUGUACCUCACUGAGCCAAGAGCAGUUGGUAGCCCUGGUGAGGAAUGUUGGUAGCCCUGGUAAGGUUUGUUGGUAGCCCUGAUGAAGUAUGCUGGUAACCCAUGUGAGGAAUGUUGGUAGCCCUGGUUAGGUAUGUUGGUAGCCCUGAUGAAGUAUUGCUGAUAACCCAUGUGAGGUAUGUUAGUAGCCCUGGUGAGGUAUGUUAGUAGCCCUGGUGAAGUAUGUUAGUAGCCCUGGUGAGGUAUGUUAGUAGCCCUGGUGAGCUAUGUCGGUAGCCCUGAAGAUGUGUGCAUCCUGUUGAAUUUAUCAAGUUCUCCCACACUCAGUCCCACAUCCAACACUCACUCCCACACCCUCACA